AUGGAACCUGAAACUAUUAAGUUUUUGGAUGAGAAGUAUCCGAAAGAGAAGAGGGGGAGUGUUGAGAAGUUGAAUAUUAGGGAUAAAGGUUUAAAAGGUCAUUUAGAUUUAAGGGAGUUUGUUAAUUUAGAAAAGUUAUAUUGUAAUGAUAAUCAACUUACUAGUUUAGAUUUAAGUAAGAAUAUUAAUUUAAAUGAGUUACGAUGUUAUAAUAAUGAACUAACCAGUUUGGAUGUCAGCCAUAAUCCUAAACUAAUUAAUUUAUAUUGUGAUGCUGAACUAUUUACCGAAAACAAAAUCAUUGGAUUAGAAAAAACUUCGAUAAUUCGACUUGACUGUCGUGGUGGUGAUUUACUCCAUGAAA